AUCGCUUUGCGUAUUCGUCUGCCGUUCCCCCGCACUUAGAUACCGAGGGGAGAGGGGAUCGUACUUGAAAGUACAGUACUUCUGUGGCUUGAAUGUCGACUAAAAAUCAAUUGUCUCGCUCCUCGCAUAUGGUCUGAUCUGACCACAUCCCGCCAUGCAUAGCACCGCUCCCCCGCAAAAGGCUCCCGCAGAUCAGCGGGCUGCCAUUCUUUUAAAUGAAGGCCCCGACUUUUCGUUUGAGAUCCAGGCUCAAGACCGCCCAACUCUUGGCCCCCAUGAUGUCCUUGUCGAGAUUGAACUGACUGGCAUCUGUGGUACGGAUCUUGGACUCGCCGGCGGAUACUUGGGUAAACCCAACUCCAUCAUCGGCCACGAAGGCGUCGGCCGGGUCAUCGCUGUUGGCUCGGCUGACUGCAGCGUAGCAAUCGGCCAGCGCGUCGGCGUUGGCUGGCUCCGCGACUCCUGCGGGUCAUGCCGGCCUUGCAUGCUUGGUGGCGAGACGCGAUGCCAGUUGGAGAUGUUCAGUGGACGACAAGUUCCGGGCACAUUGGCGACGCUGACGGUCGUGCCGGAGCGAUACGUCACUCCCUUGCCAGAAGAUCUCUCCGCAGAGCAGCUGGCUCCCAUUAUGUGCGCGGGAGUGACUGCAUAUAAAGCAUUGAAAUGCAGCGAGGCAAUCCCCGGCUCGUGGGUGGCCGUCUCUGGGGCCGCAGGAGGCGUCGGGGCGCUGGCUGUCCAAUACGCCAAGGCGAUGGGCUUCCGGCCGAUUGCGAUUGAUGGAGGCGAGGGCCAAAGACAGAAGUGCAUCGACGCAGGAGCAGAGGUUUAUCUCGACUAUGAAAAGGAGAGUGAUCUCAAAGAAGCCGUCAUGCGAGAGACCGGCGGGAUGCUCUGCUCUUCGGCAAUUGUAUGCGCUGGCUCUGCAUCCGCUUACCAGGCUGCCCUCCCCUGCGUCGACUAUUUCGGGACCCUGGUAGGCGUCGGAAUCCCACCUCCGACCACCAAGGUCGCGUUUCAUCCCUUGGAGUUGAUCGGCUCCGGCGUCAAGAUUAUCGGCUCUAUGGUGGGCAGUCGUGCAGACAUUCAGGGGGCUGUGGAAUUCGUUCGUCGUGGGCUUGUGACCCCGAAGACGGUCAACAUUGGCCUUGAUGAGUUGAACGAGCACAUCAAGAAGAUCAAUGAGAUAGAUGGGAAGCUUGUUGUGCACUUGAGACGCUGAACUGGUGCGGCCGACUCGGGUGUCAUGGAGGCAAAGGCACAUAUUGGUGUUCGAUGAAACGGUCGUUCACGCGUGGCUACUUCGUAUAUACAACAAACAUCUUUAUCUAUAUAUAAC